ACUCUCCAAUCCAGUUCGUCCUCUUCCGCCGCCCCCAUGAUUGCCUAUUUCGAAAACCUACCUCGCCGCCUCUCUGCUACCGCCGGCGAUGACGACUUCAACGCCGCCGACGAAACUAAUAACGGCGAUCUAAAAUCGUUCGGGAGCGACUUCGGCGGUAUGAUAACCUCUGUGCCCGCGGCAGUGAUUCAACCCUCGACCGCCGACGAGGUCGCCAGCGCUAUCCGCUUCGCUCGCGCGAAUGGCCUCGCCUUGGCGGCGCGGGGUAACGGGCACUCCAUUCACGGGCAGGCUGGCGCAGCGGGCGGUCUCGUACUCGACAUGCGGGUGCUCGCUGGGCCCAUCGGGCUCACGGGCGGGCCGAGAGGACCAUGCGCAGAGGUGCCUGCCGGUGCGUUGUGGUCCGAAGUGUUGGAGUGGGCUGUGACGGAGCACGGUUUGGCGCCGCGGUCGUGGACGGAUUAUUUAGGGCUGACCGUUGGCGGCACUCUUUCUAAUGGGGGCGUGAGCGGGCAGACCUUUUGUCACGGCCCGCAAGUUGUAAACGUAUCUCAGCUCGAAGUUGUUACCGGCGAUGGCGAGCGCCGACUUUGCUCGCCGGAAACCGGUGAGGCCGACUUGUUUUUUGCUGUUUUAGGCGGACUUGGUCAGUUCGGCGUAAUUACGCGGGCUUGGAUUCCACUUCUCCCCGCCCCUGAUGCGGUGAAGUGGAUACGAGUUGUCUACAGUGAUUUUGCACGGUACGCAUCGGACGCCGAAUCGCUGGUUAACGGAUACGGGCCCGAUUCGUUCGAUUACGUGGAGGGCUUUGCAUUUGUCAAUUGUAACGAUCCGGUCAACGGGUACGGCUUGGUCCCGCUCGACUCAGACCGGCAAACCUUCGACCCAGACCGGGUCCCGCAAGGAUCCGGCCCGCUCCUUUACUGUCUCGAGCUCGCCCUUCACUGCCGCCACGGCGACGACAACGUUGACCUGCGGGCGGCUGAAAUGCUGAAGCCUCUAGGCUACGUCAAGGGCCUGGAGUUCUGCGCGAAAGUGUCAUACGUGGACUUCCUAUCACGUGUGAAUCACUCCGAGGCAGAGGCACGUGUGAAUGGGACCUGGGACGCGCCCCACCCGUGGCUCAACAUCUUCGUUUCCGCAUGCGACAUAGUCGACUUCGAUCGGGAGGUUUUCCGCAUGAUCCUCCGCCGUGGUGUCGGCGGGCCCAUGCUCGUCUACCCCAUGCUCCGAAGAAAGUGGGACCAGAGAAUGUCCGUGUCGGUGCCGGACGGGGAAAUCUUCUACCUGGUGGCGCUCCUCCGGUUUGCUCGGCCUCCGCCGGACGGGCCAUCGGCUGAAGAGAUGAUGGCGGAGAACCAGGCCGUGGUGGACCGGUGCCGGUCCGCCGGAUACAAUUACAAGCUCUACCUACCCCACUACCGGGACCAAAGCCAGUGGGCUGUCCACUUUGGUGAGAAGGGCUGGAGCCGGUUCUUGGACCGGAAGGCCCGGUACGACCCAGCCGCCAUCCUCUCGCCCGGACAGCUCAUCUUUUCGCCGGAGGCGCCUCCACACCGCCGAUAGUCAGAAGAGCAGGAUGCCAGCUGUAAUUCUUUUUUACAUUUAAUUUUAAUUUUAUCAGGGGAAUGAUAUAUGUUUUUUUUUUUUUUUUAUCUGCAAUUUUGAAAUAUAUAGUCGCUGUUAAUUAAUCA